AUGGGGAAAAGAAAACCAUCGAAGUCAACGAACAAUAAAAAAUCAACGCAUAGAACAGUGAGCAUAGGCUGCAAGCUGCGAAACAGAGCAAAGGACUUUGACGAGAUACGGAAGAGAGUGGCCGAGAAGACAAGCGAGCCCAUAGAAAACCCCAACCACUCGCGGUGCAUAGAAUGCGACAGAGUGAUGGAGACCACCACAAUGGCAAGACACAUGAAGUCCAGAGAGCACAGAAGAAGGCUGAAAGACCUGGUGGAAGACGCGCUUCUAGAACAGGACAGAAAAAAUGGUCUAUACUAA